AGUGGAUCCAAAACAGCGUCGUUGAAUUCAAUGCACAGAUAUUUCUCAUUUCUCUCAUUUCUCGCCUCACAAUCGUAUCAUCUUGCUACGUGAUUGUGGAUUCCAUUCCCCACACUUUUCCCAACAUCUUUUAUCCUUGUUUGGAUCCGUGAUCAGUGAUGUAGGAGGUCGAUUCAGCUUCCUGUUUCAAUUUUGUCAUUUGCUGUGGGGGCGGGGGGCCAUUCUGCUGUGUGUCGUUCUUCAACGCCUUUUUUGUUGAGCUUGAUUCCUCGAUUGAUCUGUGCUGCGGCUUGAUUGAUCAAUUGUUGGGGUGAAUUUGCGGUUUUGGAAGAGAUUGGAUUAUGGGUAUCGUAAGCACGAUUUUGGGGGUUUUUGGGUUCGGGAUAGGAAUCGGCAUUGGGGUUGUGAUUGGAUACUUUCUGUUUAUCUAUAGACAACCAACUGACGUCAAGGAUCCUGAAAUGCGUCCAUUACUUGAGAAAGAUUCUAAAAGCCUUGAACAGCUUCUUCCAGAGAUACCUUUCUGGAUUAAAAAUCCAGAUUAUGAGCGGAUGGAUUGGUUGAACAAAUUCAUUGAAUAUAUGUGGCCUAGUUUGGACAAGGCAAUCUGCAAGAUGGUAAAGUCAAUAGCAGGACCUAUCAUAGCCGAGCAAAUUCCCAAGUACAAAAUCGAUUCAGUUGACUUUGAGACACUUACUUUGGGCUGCCUACCACCUACAUUCCAAGGAAUGAAAGUCUACAACACUGAGGAAAAAGAAUUGAUUAUGGAACUAGGCUUGAAGUGGGCAGCUAACCCCAAUAUCCUAGUUGCUGCAAAAGCAUUUGGUCUGAGAGCUACCGUCCAGGUGGUUGACUUGCAAGUAUUUGCUUGCCCACGCAUCACAUUGAAGCCAUUGGUUCCAACCUUUCCUUGUUUUGCUAACAUACACGUGUCUUUAAUGGAGAAGCCUCAUGUCGAUUUUGGAGUGAAGCUGCUAGGUGCCGAUGCUAUGUCCAUACCUGGAGUCUACAGGCUCGUGCAGGAACUUAUCAAAGAUCAGGUUGCAAAUAUGUAUUUGUGGCCGAAACGACUUGAAGUUCAGAUAAUGGACCCCUCAAAAGCAAUGAAGAAACCAGUUGGAAUUCUUAAUGUGAAAGUUGUCAAAGCGAUGAAACUAAAGAAGAAAGAUCUCUUAGGUGCAUCUGAUCCUUAUGUCAAGCUACGCCUCAGAGACGACAAGCUUCCAUCUAAGAAAACAGCUGUAAAACACAAAAACCUGAAUCCGGAAUGGAAUGAGGAAUUCACAUUUGUGAUAAAGGACCCCGAAACACAAGUUUUAGAGCUAGAAGUUUUCGACUGGGAACAGGUCGGCACACAUGACAAAAUGGGGCUGAACAUAAUCGAACUAAAAAAUCUGACUCCAGAGGAGCCAAAAACCCUGACACUCGAUCUUCUAAAAAAUCUGAAUCCAAACGAUGCUCAGAAUGAAAAGUCGCGAGGGCAGAUGGUAAUUGAUGUCAAUUACAAACCUUUCAAGGAUGACCAGAUGCCAACAAAUGUCGAGGACGCAGAUGAUGCAGUGCAGAAGGCUCCGGAAGGAACUCCUGAUGGUGGCGGUAUGCUGGUCAUCAUAGUCCACGAAGCUCAAGAUUUGGAAGGGAAGAACCACACAAAUCCAUCCGUACGUUUGCUGUUCCGCGGGGAGGAAAAAAAAACUAAGGUUGUGAAGAAAAAUAGAGAUCCAAGAUGGGCAGAGGAGUUCCAGUUCACGCUUGAUGAGCCCCCGACCAAUGACAGGGUUCACGUCGAGGUCAUUAGUACUUCGAAGAGGAUGGGCCUGCUACAUCCCAAGGAAACACUGGGCUAUGUCGAUAUAUAUCUAUCCGACGUUGUGAGCAACAAGCGGAUCAACGAGAGGUACCACCUUAUCGACUCCAAGAAUGGUCGCCUUCAGAUUGAGAUGCAGUGGAGAACUGCUGGUUAGAACAUUUUUUUUUCUUCUUUUCAGUUUCUGAGCUCUGGACAUUGCUCUCUUAGCAAUGGAUAUUGUUUUGUGAAAAUUGUAAUAUUGAAAUUUAGAACACUCUGAACUCAUCCCACAACAUUUCUGUAAUGAUCAGUUUACUGUGAUUGAUAAUAAAAAAAAAUGUACUUUGCUGGAA